ACCUCCCCCACAGAGCAACAAUCCAUGUCUCGGCCUCGAAUGGAAUUCAUCAUUCAGCCUCCACUGUUUCCUUGGGCGGAGAAUCUCAAAGGAUCAUGACCUUCUGAGAGAAACAGUUCCUCAUUAUCUUGGUCUAUUCUGGGAUCCCAGAAGCAGAAGUUAUCAGAACAACGGCUUUUUAGUGAUUAUAGGUUUAGGGAUAAUUGCAGGACAGCAGUCUUGUGAUUCUUACAAAUUACCUGAUGGUAAUCCUUCAAUAAACUCGAGUUAGUAUUCGGGUCUCAGGUGUAGAAGUUGAAUCCAGGACCUAUUGAUUGGUUGCGAGGGAUCUAUCAACCGGAGCGUGACUGAGACAUUGUUGCUGAUGAUUCUUUUAUUUCUUGCAAGGCUUCACUGAUCACCGGGGCGUGAUCACGAUGGCCGCACCAAGUCCACCAUGGUAUCACUUGAACAUCAGCCGAGCCAAAGCAGAGGAACUGCUUGCUAAAGCUGGAAUGGAUGGGAGUUUCCUGGUGAGAGGCAGUGAAUCAGUGGUCGGAGCAUAUGCACUUUGCCUGUUAUAUCAGAAGCAAGUUUAUACAUAUCGAAUCUUACAGGAUGAGGAAGGAUUUCUGGCUGUCCAGACAGAGAAAGGAGUUCCAGUGAAGAAGUUCUCAUGCCUCAUAGAUCUGAUGUUAAACUAUCAGCAACCAUACCAAGGACUGGUGACACCACUGCAGUAUCCCGUGGAGAGGGAAAACGAGAAAGAAAUCAUGGAUGAUUUGUCAGACGGUGAAGAUGAGAAACCAGCCCUGCCCCCUCGUCCAUUCAGUGCUUCCAUCAGCAUUUCUACAGAGACAAGAAAUACCUUAGUUCAACAAAUACAGGAACAUUUGCAGGAGGGAUCUGUGAAAAGUGAUCAUGCUACCUUGGUGAAUGACUACUUGAAGAACAAUCUUCCGAAGGAUUUUGAUGCUAUUAGCUGUGGAUCUACAUCUCUGUUGCAUCUUAACAAGAGCCUCGUGAAGUUGUGCAAAGACCUAGACAGGGAAAUGGACCUGGUGACGAACAACCUUGAGAUGUUAGUGCAUUUAUUCAGCGUCAAUGCUCUCAGCAACCCACCCAAGAAAGAGGAACCUCUCAGUCCGAGCAGUUCCAAUGAGCUUGAAGUCAUCGUUAACAAGAUUAAAAAUCUGGGCAAUUUGCUGUCCUAUGCAGAAGAACGGGUUGUGAAGGGACUGCAACACAUGGCAACCACACAGAAGGUGGAAUUGCCAGCUCUCUUCACAUCGUCUGAAAGCACUGGACGUAAUUCAUCGAAACCAAUCCCAAUACAGAGCUUCGAGGUAAAAUUGGGCAAGACUCAGAAAUAUACGUUAAGUGUUGAUGUGGACGGAGGCAAGCUCCAGAUCUCAAAGAAAGCCACUGGUUCUCCUGAGGAAUCCAUCUUGUAUGACAAAAUUUUGCAGCUGGUUAAAUAUCAGAGCACACCGAACAUAUUACAGAUUGUAACCGACAAAGAAAACCAAAAAAAUCAGCAGAGGGACUUCAUUUUUGAAAAUGCACGAAAGCGAGAGGCGUUCUGUCAGCUACUGCAGCUGAUGAAGAACAUCCAUUCUCAGCAGGAUGAGCCCGACAUGAUCUCUAUCUUCAUUGGAAGCUGGAACGUGGGUGCCGCUCAUCCUCCGAAAAGCCUUGCUUCCUGGCUUAUGUCCAAGGGUCUCGGACGCACACGAGAUGAAACCACAGCCACUAUCGCUCACGAUAUCUAUGUCUUUGGCACCCAGGAGAACUCUCUUGGUGACAAGGAGUGGGUGGAUUUCCUGCGGGCUGGGAUAAAAGAUGUGACAGAACAGGACUUCAAAGUGGUAGCCACGCACUCACUGUGGAGCAUUAAAAUCGCAGUGCUGAUUAAAGCAGACCACGAGAACCGAGUCAGUCAAGUCAACGUAUCCAGUGUGAAAACUGGAAUAGCAAAUACAUUUGGGAAUAAGGGAGCAGUUGGUGUUUCAUUCCUCUUCAAUGGGACCUCUCUGGGUUUUGUCAACUGCCACUUGACAUCGGGCAGUGAGAAAGUGGUCAGGCGAAACCAGAACUACUUGGACAUUCUCCGAUUGUUAUCACUUGGAGAUAAACAACUCAGUUCCUUUGACAUUGCCCUGCGUUUCACUCAUAUCUUCUGGUUUGGUGACCUAAACUAUCGACUUGAUAUGGACAUCCAGGAUAUUUUGAAUUACAUCACCAAAAAGGACUUUGAAGCAAUUCUGGCUGUUGACCAACUGAACUUGGAACAAGAGAAAAGAAAAGUGUUCCUGAACUUCAAUGAGGAGGAGAUCACUUUCCCUCCCACCUAUCGAUAUGAACGGAACACCCGUGACGUUUACUCAUGGCAGAAGCACAAAACCACUGGGAUAAGGAUAAAUGUUCCAUCUUGGUGUGAUAGGGUCUUGUGGAAAUCCUAUCCAGAGACGUAUAAUCAGUGUACGUCAUAUGGCUGCACGGAUGACAUCAUGACCAGUGACCAUUCACCUGUUUUUUCUACAUUCGAAAUUGGAGUCACUUCCCAGUUUGUGUCAAAAAAAGGCCCUGGUAACAAUUCUGGACAAGCCUGUAUUGAGUUUGAAAUUAUUGAGGUCAUCCUGAAGACAACUUGCAAAACAAAGUUUUUCAUUGAAUUCCAUUCAAGUUGUUUAGAAGAAUUUAAGAAAAGUUUGGAUAAUGGUACACAGCUCUGCAUUCAACAUGGAUUCUUGAGAAUUGAAUGGUCUGCACAUCAGUUGCCAAUGUUGUCUCCAAUUCUGUCUGAGAUUGAGUAUCUACAAGAUCAGCAUCUGCUAUUGACCAUAAAAUCCACAGAUGGAUAUGAAUCCUAUGGAGAGUGCUGUAUUGCACUGAAGUCUUUGAUAGGAAGCACGCCACAGAUGUUUGAGACGGGACUAUCUCACCUGGGAGAUGAGUCAGGGUCUAUCCGGGUGACGAUGAGGGUUGUGGUUCCCGCGGAGCGUAAACGGACUCGGGAGCGUCUCUAUGGUGCGUUCUCUAGGGUGGGAGAGGGAGAGCAUUCCUAACGCUUCACAUUGUUGCUGGAGUUCAUGGGUUUCUCAGCCUUGCAGUGGAACAGCAGCCGUCACGAGAAAAACACUGCAGAUGCUAGAUUUCUGAGAUAAAGAUGCAAAAGCUACAAUCGCCCAGCUGGUCAGGCAGCACCAAUGGAGACCUUUAAAAAACAUUUAUAUUCAAAUCAUCAUUUCAAGUUGCAGUGAAAGGGGACAGGUGAAGAGAAGAAAGGAAAUAUCAGUGAGCGGGUGAGACCAAGAGAGAGAUGAAUGUUAGGUACACAAAAAUGCUGGAGAAACUCAGCGGUGCAGCAGCAUCUAUGGAGCGAAGGAAAUAGGCAACGUUUCGGGCCAAAACCCUUCUUCAGACCUCCUCCAUGUUGAUGUUGGUUGAGAGAAGGUGGUGAAGGUUUGUU